AUGAGCUACAAGAAAAGGACUACUCUCAACAGUGGCUGGAGACGAGGAAGAGGAAGACCAAGAAAAAGAUCAAGAAACCAUGCAAUCAUUGCCACAAUACCACCACCUGACAACCAAAUUUUUGUGAAUAGACAAGAAAGGUUGGAUAUGGCGAAGUCAAAUGAAUUAUUAUCUGAAGCAAAUGGUGGUUUUUUAAGAGAAAAUAUUGACCCUAUACUAGCAAUAAAGAGAUCAGACAUACGUGGAAAUGGAGUCUAG